CCUGGUUGUUUUUCUAACUAGAUUUGAUCGAUCUGAAGAGAAAUAACCCCAGUGCAAUGUUGCUUCCACAUCUCUUCUUGAGUUUCAUCAUCAUUUUCUAUCAUUCAUCAGUUAUUGAUGCUGUGUCAGUUCCUCCAUCCAAAACUUUCAAGUUUGUAAACGAAGGAGUAAUCCGUGAACUUGAUGCCGUCUCAAAUAAUCCUUUUUCCCUUCAGUUUUACACCAGCACCGCUAAUAAGUACACUCUUGCUCUUGGAAUGGGCACAGGUGCCUCAAUUGGAUCGGGCAUAGAUAUCCCAAGUUCGCGUAUCAUCUGGGUUUGGGCAGCUAACCGGGGAAGACCGGUCGGCGAGAAUGCUGUACUCAGCUUCGGGCGCAACGGUAACCUAGUCUUGGUUGAUGCUGAUGGUCGUGUAGCUUGGCAGACAAGAACUGCUAACAAAGGGGUGGUAGAUAUCAAGUUGUUGCCAAAUGGUAACUUGGUUCUACUAAAUAAAAAUGGUGGGUUUGUUUGGCAGAGUUUUGAUUAUCCCGGUGACACGCUCCUGAACGGUCAGGGUCUCCGACCAGGCGGUGCCAACAAGUUAGUCAGCCGCUUGUCUGAGACAGAUGAUUCUCCAGGGCCUUACAGUCUGGUUAUCAACGGCGAGGGAAAAUCUGGAAUUCCUAUGUUCUACAAGAGCAAAUUUUCUUCCGAGCCACUGAAAUACGCUGACGUUUUGCUUGAUUACUAUGAAGAACGAUUGGACAAUCUUACGUUUUACGUAAACCCGCCUACUAGUGAUUGGGGUCCUGAUUACACUAAUCAGUUGGGACUUCAUUUGCAAGGAGAAACCAAUAUCGAAGGCCUUUGGGUACAACCGAAGUACAAUAGUACAUUGUCACUCCUUCAAUUGGGUUGGGAUGGUAACCUCCAUGUCUAUACUUAUUACGAGAAAGGGUACUGGAAUGACCCAUGGGAUGAAACCUUCACCUAUUUUAAGAGUGAUCCAAAUUUUAGUGAAUGUAGGCUGCCUGAGAAGUGUGGGUCAUUUGGAAUCUGUUCGAAGAGCCAGUGUGUUGCUUGUCCUACACCUAAAGGCCUGUCAAUUUGGAGCGAAGAUUGCAAGCCGCCAACUUUACCUUCCUGCAGUACUAGUACUGUAAAUGCUAGUUACUAUCAGAUUGACGGUGUUGAUCACCUCUUGAGUAUGUCUAACGAAGGAGAAGGACCGAUGAAGAUUGAUGAUUGUAAGAAGAAAUGCAGCAAGGAUUGCAAGUGUGCUGCUUUCUUUUACAGAAAGGAUUUAUCCAAGUGUUUGCUCACCAACGAACUCGGUACACUUACUAAAGUUAUCGGUUCUUCGAGUAAAGAACACGUAGCCUUUAUCAAGUACUGAAAAAAUGUAUCAACCAGAGACAAGUAACUGCAAUUCUCUUGUCUCGUGUGUUUAUUCCUUCUUGUUCUUGUACUUGAAAAUCAAAUAGUAAACCAGAUCGAAACCCUGUGGU